AGCAGCUCGACACGUAGUUUAUCUUAGAACAGCCUCUCUCUUUCUUUCUUCUUGAAAUUAAUUUCAGCAAAAACUCUGUCAUAGUCUUUGUCCUUGUCUUUGUUUUUCUCUCACACGGUGAAAUAAUUUCUCUCUGGAUCAUUAAAAAGGGAAGUUUCAAUCUUUACUUCCAAGAAUCUGUAAAAACUCUUGAAUUAAUUACUGGGUCUUGCUGGGACUCUUGGUUUGACUUCAAUCAUCAAGGUGGGUACAUUCAGUUUCCAAGUUUAAGAAUCAUGAUAUAUAAGUUUGGGUUAUGCUUUUGGAUGAUUUACAACUUAGUUCAAUCUGUAUUGGGUUUAUAGGAUUCUUUGGGAUUUUGAUUGUAUGACGAAAAUGGAGGACAGUGUAAUUCUGUUUUAUUUUUAUUUUUAUUUUUAGUUUCAAAUGAUGAAGAUAUUUGUUCAGAUGCUUCAGGUACUUACAUUAGGUUUAGUUAAGUGGAUUUGUUGGUUCUUGAACAUUGGAAUAUGAGUAAUACGAGCUUCUAGAUGUUUACUCCCCCGUUUCUUCUCAGCCAUUGAUCAACCCUAGGGUUUUGGAAAUUAGAAUUAGGGAAUCACUUUAUUGACAUAUGGAUGCUUCAGGUUUGGGAGGUCAGUUUUUGUCAAGUCCAGUUGGUGGGUUAUUAGACCUUGAGUCACCAAUUCAUAGACAGCAGCAGGCCCAGUCAGGUCACUCCUCAUUAGCACAUCAACGCCACAUGAACUUAAUUAGUGGCCUUGGUAAUGAUCAUCAACCAAUUGGGCUAAUGGAAGUGAAAGGUUCAAGUCCAAGAAAUUAUUCAACGAAUUUAAGUAAAGGGAAAGGAGUUAGCCACUUUAGUCCCACAAAUGAUGGCAAUGUGAGUGAAGAUGAUGAGCCGAGUUUUACGGAAGAUGGGAAUGGUGAUAAUUCCAGUGGGGCUAAGAGUAAAAAGGGAUCUCCAUGGCAGCGGAUGAAAUGGACAGAUAAUGUGGUUAGGCUUCUUAUAGCAGUGGUUGCUUGUGUGGGUGAUGAUGGUGCAUUUGAUGGUGUUGAGGGGCUUAAGAGAAAAUCUGGGAUUUUGCAGAAGAAGGGCAAGUGGAAAACAGUAUCAAAGAUCCUGAUCAGUAAGGGUUGUCAUGUUUCUCCACAACAGAGUGAGGAUAAGUUUAAUGAUCUCAAUAAGAGGUACAAGAGAUUAAAUGACAUUCUUGGAAGAGGUACUAGUUGUAGAGUGGUGGAGAACCCUGCUCUUAUGGACUCAAUGCCGCUUUCAGCCAAGGCAAAAGAUGAUGUUAGGAAGAUAUUGAGCUCAAAACAUCUGUUUUAUAAGGAAAUGUGCGCUUACCAUAAUGGGCAAAUGAUACCCAAUUGCCAAGAUCUUGAUCUACAAGGCUUUUCAUUACCUCUUGAAAGGUGCUCAAGAGACAAUAAUGGCUCAGAGGAGGAGGAAGCUGAGGGACAUGAUGACAGUGAUGAGGAUGAAUCAGACAACGAAGAUGAUAAUAAUGCUAUAGAGGAAGGGGAAAGGAUGGGUAUGUAUGCUGAGAGGAAUAAAGUAAAUGAAGAGGAUGCCCAUCUUUGGCCUCAGUCAGGUGGGUGCAACAGCUUUGAGGUUGAAAUGGCUGGGAUUUUUCAAGACCCGUCGGUGUCAUUAUGGGAGAAAAAAGAAUGGAUAAAUAAACAGAAGUUGCAGCUGCUGGAGCAAAGAGUUAGCAUCCAGGCUCAAGCAUUUGAGCUUGAGAAGCAACGCUUCAAGUGGUUGAGAUACUGCAGCAAGAAAGAUAAGGAAUUUGAGAAGUUGAGGCUGGAAAAUGAGAGGAUGAGACUAGAGAACGAGCAAAGUGUAUUGCAACUAAGACAGAAGCAACUGGAAAUGGAUUUGAGGAGCUCAGAAUCAUCCAGGGACCCCACUUCGCUUGGUAUUGACAGACUGCAAGGAAGAGAUCAAAUUGAUUUGGGAAGGCAUCAAUAACUUAUUUAAAAACUGACAAUCCACUCCAAAUAUCUUGUAUGAUUGUCCCUCUAUAAAACUCCUUUAGCUUUACAUGUAUGGAGUAACUAACCUUGUGUACCACAUGUAUCACUUUAGAUUAAUCUUAGGAGAGUCUAUUAACGUGUUUAUUUGAGCUUUUUGAGAUGAAGUUGGAAAGUUUAAUGCUGCAGAUUUCUAGUAA